GAAGCACCAGCACUGUGUCCUGACUGAAGCCGAAAAAAAAGACCAAUUCAGCUUCAGUAAUCGUUGUGAGCGCACUAUGACCUGACGGGGGGAUGGGUCACGUUUCUCCCCAGAAGAGAAGAUUCUGGAAAAAAGUCUCUUGGGAAGAACGAAAGCCAAAAGUAUGUCAUGUUUGAGAGAGUAUUUUUAUUUUUAUGGAUGAAAAACUACAGCUAGUUACAGAGUCCAGAGUGGAUGUUAAUCGGUGUGGAUAUUUGUGUGGAAAAACAUCUGAGGAGAUACUUGAUGAACCUGGAUUUUAAAUGAGUCGCGUUCUUCGUCGCUUGAUGUUUCAGCCUUGGACGUUCGAGCAUCUCCUAGUGAUAAAUCUAAACAGGAACUGUGUCUUGGUUUCCCCCCAAUCUGUCUAUCCUGUGAUCCUUUACUUCCUCCCAGUUCCUCCCUCAAACAGGUGGUGGCCUUGCUCUCGAUGGUGUCCACCUGCAGCACUUGUCGUUCUUCUGGCCAGCUUCCACUCAUGUCCUGGAGGUGUCUGAUGACCACAGCACUCUGUCUCUGUGUUCUCCAACAGACCCCCCCUACUGCCCCCUCUUCUCUCCCCUCUCCCCUUUCACACCCUGCCAGCUAAUGGACUGCCUUGCCCCUCCCCUGCCAUCCCUCUUUCCAUCUCUGACUCUGAAGCAGUGAGGGGAGAAGAGGAGAGACAAGAGGCGAGGAAAAAGAGAGAAGGCAGCAGCCCACUGUUCCCCUGGGCCUUUGCUUCACUGCUGCUCCAGUGGCUUGACAACUACCUCUCGAAGCAAGAGAUCCCGUUCUCCAGAUCGCUGGUGAAUAGAACCAAGAGCAGGUUACACUCAGCAUGGCUGGCAGGGCCGUGUGCCAGGUGGCCUUGGCUCUGUUCCUGAUGCUCAGCCUGACAACAGGAGCUUGGACCGGCUGCCCCGGGGCCUGUCGCUGCUCCUUCGCCAUGCUCCAGUGCUUGGAAGUGAAUGGCAUCAGCAGCAUCCCGGUGCUGAUUCAGCAGGAGAGCGAGAAUGUCACAGAAAUCUACAUCGAGAACCAGACAAACCUGAAGCACAUCACGGACAUGGACUUCUUCAACUACAAAGAACUGAAGAACCUCACAGUUACAGACUGCGGCUUGCUCUUCAUCUCUGAGAAAGCCUUCCAGAAUAACUUCAAGCUGCAAUACGUAAACCUGGCCUCGAACUCGCUCACGCACAUCAGCUGGAAGGUCUUCCAUUCGCUUCCGCUGCUGAACCUGGUUCUGAGGGAUAACCCCCUGACCUGCUCGUGUCACCUACACUGGCUACAGCAGUGGCAGAGGACGAGGCGAGCCGACAUCGACAGCCAGCAGAGCUGCUGGUUUAACAGCAGCAGCGUUCAGCUCGACAGGUUUAUGAUGGAGAACUGCAGUCUUCCCGAGGUGUCCAUCAACGCUCCAGAACUUCCCAUUAAGGAGGGGGGAAACCUGACGUUUGAGUGUCAGGUCACCGGAAAUCCAGUGCCUAGUAUUCGGUGGAAGACGGAGGAGCUAAAUUCCAGUUUUAUUCUGGAGCGUGGGAUCUCGGGCUCCACUUUGGAGCUGGUGAUUCACAUGUUGCACGUGUCGCAUAAGGACAACCUGCACAAUCUCACGUGUGAGGCAGAGAACGAGGCGGGGCCGAGAGAAGCGAUGGUGCAGCUCAACAUCGAGUUCCCGGCCAAAAUCAUACAGCUGAAGCCACCGGAGCAGCAUCAUCACUGGUGUAUCUCCUUCAGAGUAGAUGGAAAUCCAUCUCCGAGCAUCAAGUGGCUGUACAACAGCACACCGCUGGUGGAGACAAUUUACAUCUACACGAAGUUCAUCCCGGACUCGGACGACGGUUCCGAAUAUCACGGCUGCCUUAACCUCGACAAACCCACUCACCUCAACAACGGCUACUACACACUCGUCGUGGAGAACGCGCUGGGCCGAGACGAGAACACGACUUUCGGAAAGUUCAUGGACAACCCGUUCGACCCUUCCGACCCGGAAGGCAUCAUCCUCGUCCAGACCAGUCACCCCACAGCUCCUACUAACCGUUCGAGCGACGGCGUGAAGGAGAAGCCGGAAAGCAACCUGCUCGGGGUGUCUGUCGCUGUGGGUCUCGCUGCGUUCGCUUGCGCCUUCCUGCUCAUCAUGGUGUUGGUGAUCAAUAAGUGUGGGCAACACUCCAAGUUCGGCAUCCAUCGGUCGUCUGUUCUGGGGAAGGAGGACGACUUGGCCGUCUCACUCCGCUUUAUGAACUUCGGAGUGAGUCCUCCUUCCUCGGAUGAAGGCAUGUUGGACUCGGGACUCUCCAGCUUCGUGGAGAACCCGCAGUACUUUUGUGGCAUCAUCAAAGACAAGGAUAUGUGUGUGCAGCACAUUAAGAGGCAGGACAUCAUGCUGAAGUGGGAGCUGGGAGAAGGAGCUUUCGGGAAGGUUUAUUUAGCCGAGUGCGCUAACCUCUGUCCGGACACAGACAAGAUGCUGGUGGCUAUAAAGACGCUGAAGGACGCCAACGAAUCGACUCGACAGGACUUCCAGCGUGAGGCCGAGCUCCUGACCGUGCUCCAGCACGAGCACAUCGUCCGCUUCUAUGGAGUCUGUACGGACGGAGAACCUCUCGCCAUGGUGUUCGAGUACAUGCGCCACGGCGACCUCAACCGCUUCCUCAGGGCUCAUGGUCCAGAUGCCCGGAUUCUAGACGAGGUCAAGAUUCCCCCGAUGGGUCAGCUGACCCUGCUGCAGAUGCUUCAGAUAGCAGCCCAGAUCGCCUCUGGUAUGGUCUACCUGGCCUCACUCCACUUUGUGCACAGAGACCUGGCCACCAGAAACUGCCUGGUUGGUGAAGGUCUUGUGGUGAAGAUCGGUGACUUCGGCAUGUCCAGAGACAUCUACAGCACUGAUUACUACAGGGUCGGUGGAAGAACCAUGUUACCUAUUCGUUGGAUGCCUCCUGAGAGCAUCAUGUACAGAAAGUUCACCACAGAGAGCGACAUCUGGAGUUUCGGGGUGGUUCUGUGGGAGAUCUUCACCUACGGAAAACAGCCGUGGUAUCAGCUGUCCAACAGCGAGGCGAUCGAGUGCAUCACGCAGGGCCGGGAGCUGGAGCGGCCGCGGACGUGUCCUAAAGAAGUCCACCAGCUCAUGCAGGGCUGCUGGCAGAGGGAACCACAACAACGCCUCGUCAUCAAGGAAGUCUACAACCGGCUCGUGGCCCUGGUCAAGAACCCCCCAAUCUACCUGGACAUCCUGGAGUGAGAGAGUGAGAGAGAGAGAGAGAGAGAGAGAGAGAGAGAGAGAGAGAUCUGACAAAGGGCGGCUGGAGGUUUCAUUUGUGGAGAGAAAAAGUGACAGAAGGACUGAAGAAGAUCCCCAAGUCCUUUGAUCUGUGUUCGGUCAAACCGAGCAUCCAUCAGGACAUUCAGGAAGGACAAAGUUGGCCAGAACUCCUCACAACUCCAUGACAACUACAUCGAGUGGAAAGAAAUCAUCAAAUUCAAUCGAGUCAAAUAUUCAAAGUAUAUACACAAAGUCACACUGCAGCGUUUAUAAGUACACAAAGUCACACUGCAGCGUUUAUAAGUACACAAAGUCACACUGCAGCGUUUAUAAGUACACAAAGUCACACUGCAGCGUUUAUAAGUACACAAAGUCACACUGCAGCGUUUAUAAGUACACAAAGUCACACUGCAGCGUUUAUAAGUACACAAAGUCACACUGCAGCGUUUAUAAGUACACAAAGUCACACUGCAGCGUUUAUAAGUACACAAAGUCACACUGCAGCGUUUAUAAGUACACAAAGUCACACUGCAGCGUUUAUAAGUACACAAAGUCACACUGCAGUGUUUAUAAGUACACAAAGUCACACUGCAGCGUUUAUAAGUACACAAAGUCCAAUGCAUCAGAAAGUCCACGCGUCCCUUUGUCUUGUAGUUGUGAAUAAUCAGUGUAUUAUAUAGAAACAUGUUAUGAGUGCACCAAAACAGCAUGUAUUCAACUUUCUUAUUGUUAAAAUGCAGCUGAUCCACACACACACACACACACACACACACACACACACACACACACACACACAGGAACACAAACAGCUAACCAGGUAUACAGGUAUACACAGAGUUAUGCAGGUUCUCGGGUAUACCAUAAAUACACAUGUACACACACCAGUAAACAAACAGCUACAGCUACACACACAGCUAUACAGACACACACACACACACACACACACACACACACAAGCACACAAACAGCUACACAGGUA